UCAUGUUGUGAGGCCCUGAGAUGAUUGUUUAAGGCUUCAUAUUAUUCACCAAGCUCUCUUUGACCGCUGGACUGGAUAUCGAGGGAGACAUUGUCUUCGACAGUGAAGAGAUUUGAUUUUGAAAGAGUAUAUCUAUCUCCAUCCGCCGCCGUCGAAUUCAACCUCUCUCCAAUUCAAUACCACUCCCAAACACGAAGCAUCGAAAGCCUCCAUCCAUAGGCGCACUCUUCAGACUACCACUGUCAUAUAUGAAAGUCCGGGGCUCUCAGCCUCAUCGUCUAGGAUGUCGACCGCCAACGUCCAUCUCCCCGCAGACUUUGACCCCACCAGGCAGAACAUCACAAUAUAUACACCAGAUGGUACUCCAGUGGUUGCAACCCUCCCGAUGAUCAACCUAUUCAAUAGGCAAAAUAAUGAAAUAUGCGUCGUAUACGGAUGCCAACUCGGCGCCUCACUGAUCAUGUUCCUGGUGGUCUUGCUCACAACGAGAGUGUCGAAGCGCAAGUCUCCAAUCUUCGUCCUGAACGUCCUCUCCCUCAUCAUCUCGUGUCUCCGCUCCCUGCUUCAAAUCUUAUACUACAUUGGCCCAUGGACAGAAAUCUACCGCUAUCUUUCCUUCGACUACUCUACCGUUCCAGCAUCCGCAUACGCUAACAGCGUUGCCGCCACCCUACUCACCCUCUUCCUACUCAUAACGAUCGAGGCUUCGCUAGUCCUUCAGACAAACGUGGUAUGCAAGUCUAUGAGCAGUCACAUCCGUUGGCCUGUCACCGCCUUAUCGAUGGUUGUAUCGCUUCUCGCGAUCAGCUUCCGCUUCGGGCUUACCAUCCGUAAUAUCGAAGGAAUCCUCGGCGCUACAGUGAAGUCCGACUCGCUGAUGUUCAGCGGAGCAAGUCUGAUCAGUGAGACGGCCUCAAUAUGGUUCUUCUGCACCAUUUUCGUCAUCAAGUUGGGCUGGACGUUGUAUCAGAGGAAGAAGAUGGGCCUCAAGCAGUGGGGUCCAAUGCAAAUAAUCACAAUCAUGGCUGGAUGCACUAUGCUUAUCCCUUCCCUCUUCACAGUCCUCGAAUUCUUCCCCGAAGAAACCUUCUACGAAGCAGGCACCCUAGCAAUCUGCCUAGUCGCCAUCCUGCUCCCCCUCUCCUCCGUCUGGGCCGCCGCCGCCAUCGACGGCGACGAGCCCGUGCGCCCCCACGGCAGCACCCCCAAAUUCGCCAGCUUCAACAUGGGCUCCGACUACAAGUCCUCGUCGGCCCAUCUCCCGCGAUCGAUCCGCAAGGCUAGCGUACCGGCGGAGCACCUCAGCCGCACGAGCGAGGAGGAGCUGGGGGACGAUGGGACGCUUAAUAGGGGUGGAGCGUACGGGAUGGACCGCAUGAGUGGAUCUAUUAGCCCCAGGGGUGUGAGGAUCGAGAGGACGUAUGAGGUGCAUACUGCAGGGAGGGGGGGUUCGAUUGAGCGAGAGGACAUCUUUUGA